AUGCCGCCCAAAGCGGCCACAGCAGGCGGGAAGCCACGAAGAAAGCGCCAAAGAAAGACACGUACCGCCGCCGUCUCGGACUCGUCGUCGUCGUCUAGCAGCAGCAGCUCCUCAUCCGGCAGCGACAGCAGCAGCGAAGAUGAAUCGGAAGCGGAGGCCAAGGCACCGGCUGUCAAGCUCCACGAUUCGGCGUCGAUUUCGGACUCGAAUUCUAGCUCCAGCUCUUCAUCUUCGUCGUCUUCGAGCAGCAGCAGCAGCAGCAGUGACAGCAGCAGUAGCGACGACCGCGACAGUGACUCCGACAGCAGCAGCAGCAGCAGCAGCAGCAGCAGCAGCAGUAGUAGCAGCAGCAGCACCUCCUCGUCCGCCUCUUCCUCUCGACCUCGCACCGCAGUCAAGGGCAGCGAGAGCAUCGGUGCGAGUGGGACAAGGCGGCGCGUGACCUACUCGAUCUCACCGGAACCCGCCGACCGACCACUGCGAGACCUCUCAGCUCCACGCCUCUACCCGGACCUCGACCUGGACCCGUCCACAUCCGCCACGGGCCGUCCGCGCGAUCCGUUCUUCCGUCUCGGCGGUCCACCCAAACCGGUACUGCCCUCGAGCGUGACGGAAGCCAUCGCCCGCCGCCGUGCACCCGAUACCCUCGCCUCGUCGACGACCUCGGAGGUGGAACGGCGUCAAAAGGCCAAAGCGGAUCUGCGGAGGCGCAUCGAAGCGAGCAAGGUGCAGGAGCGCGAGACGAGAAAGGAGGCCUUCAAGGGUCUCUGGAUGAAGAGCAUCGCUGAAGAGUUUGGAGAUGAGCUCGAAGCUAUCCGCAGCAGGGAACCGACGCUAGGUGCCGACGGAGGAACGAGGCUGCCCCUUUUCAUCGACGCCUUGGGCGCAGGGUCGGAAAUCAUCUCGUCCUCCUCCUCGCCCUCUUCCUCGGCCCAGCCCUCGUCGUUGGGCGGAUCGAACAGAGAUAUUGACGAAGUGGCAUUGGCCAUGGACCUCAGCUGA